CUCUGUUCUGCUCUGUUUUUCCCUUCCACUUUGAGUUUUUACUUCAUCUCUAACUCUUCAUCUCUCUCUGAUUGUCCAUCUAUUUUCCCGCGUUUUUUCCCAAAUGGUUUACACCCUUUUGUUAUUUUGUUGUAAACAAUCUUCUGUAUCAUCAUCUUCAUCUCUUUUCCAAUUCCGUUCUUUGCUUCUAGCCAUUACUUUUUUUGGUAUCUGUGCUGUUUGCCUGGCCUAAAACGUUACAAUUAGGAAAUGGGGGGAAAUUUUUCUUGCGAUUGCGACAAACCUUUACUUUCUUUUGUUGGGUAGCGAAGUAUAUAUAGGAAACUGACAAAGAGUUGCUUAAAUUCUUCGUAAUCGAUUGUGAAACAGCUUGAUCGCUCCCCGUGAAACUAUGGUUUCUGUGUUUUCGUGGAUUCCAAGCAAUAGGGAUUUAUUUUCCCUUUUAAGUCUUUCCUCUGUUUUUCUUCAUUUCUCGUCCGAAGUCAUACUUCUGGGAUUUCAGCAUUACUUAGUGAUGCUCGGAACUACUGUUGCACUCGCCACUAUAAUCGUUCCUUUGAUGGGUGGUGGAAAUGUGGAGAAGGCUGAAAUGAUAAACACUUUGUUGUUUGUUGCGGGAAUUAAUACUUUAUUACAAACUUGGUUUGGAACCCGGUUGCCUGUGGUGAUUGGUGGAUCACAUGCCUUCAUCAUCCCGGCUGUCUCGGUAGCUUUGUCUCGAAGAUUUAACUUCUACAUUGAUCCUCAUCAGAGGUUUAGAGAAUCAAUGAAGGCUCUUCAAGGAGCCUUGAUUGUUGCGUCUUUCCUGCCAAUGAUCAUUGGUUUUUUGGGACUCUGGAGGAUUGUUGCGAGGUUUCUUAGCCCUUUAUCUGCAGUUCCUCUCGUCACUCUCACCGGACUUGGUCUCUUUGCACUGGGUUUUCCUCAACUUGCUAACUGUGUUGAAAUCGGGCUUCCAGAGUUGGUCAUAGUGGUUUUAUUAUCUCAGUACGUUCCGCCCCUGAUGAAAGGCAGACGGGCCUUAUUUGAUCGAUUUGCAGUUAUUUUGUCAGUUGCAAUUGUUUGGGCAUAUGCAGAGAUAUUGACUGCAGCUGGUGCAUAUAAAAAUAAAGCUCCAAGUACUCAAUUUAGUUGCCGCACUGAUCGUUCUGGGCUCAUUAGUGCUGCCUCCUGGAUAAAGUUUCCUUAUCCAUUUCAAUGGGGGCGUCCUAGUUUUGAUGCUGGAGAUGUUUUUUCUAUGAUGGCUUCUGCCUUUGUUGCUAUCAUUGAGUCUACAGGAACAUUCAUUGCAGCUGCAAGAUAUGGGAGUGCCACACAUGUACCCCCAUCUGUACUCAGCCGUGGCGUCGGUUGGCUGGGGGUAGGGACUUUUUUGGAUGGUAUAUUUGGCGCUGGCGUUGGAUCCACUGCAUCAGUUGAAAAUGCAGGUUUGUUGGGUUUGACUCGAGUUGGAAGCCGGAGAGCUGUUCAAAUUUCUGCUGGGUUUAUGCUUUUCUUCUCUGUGCUGGGCAAAUUUGGUGCUGUCCUUGCUUCUGUUCCCUUAUCAUUAAUGGCAGCUUUGUACUGUGUCCUUUUUGCCUAUGUAGCUUCAGCUGGUCUUGGGUUCCUUCAGUUCUGCAACCUCAACAGCUUUCGGUCAAAGUUCGUACUCGGAUUUUCGCUGUUCUUGGGCCUCUCUGUGCCCCAGUACUUCAAUGAGUAUCUUUUCAUUUCUGGUCAUGGUCCUGUUCACACUAAAGCCAAAUGGUUCAACAACAUUGUGCAAGUGAUAUUUUCUUCCCCAGCAACUGUGGCUGCUGUGGUUGCUUUCUUCUUGGACAUAACAUUGAUGAGGAACCAUAGCUCAACUCGCCGAGACAGUGGGCGGCAUUGGUGGGAGAAGUUUUGGUCGUUCAAUCUCGAUACGAGAAGUGAAGAGUUCUACUCCCUUCCUUGGAACCUCAAUAGGUUCUUCCCCUCAUUUUAACUUCAAAAUCUUUGUUAUUAUAGCUGUGAACUUAAUUAAAGGGAUGGAAAAUAAAAAGAAAAAAGUAGAGAAAAUGUUUGACAUUGUUUUGAGUUAUAGCGUGUUCUUUGGACACUUGAAACUUUGAAAGAGUAGAAUAUGUUAAAAGUAUAUAUGUAUAGGAACAAUGAAUUGUGAUUUCCUUGCUAUUUGAGUGCUUUUUAAGGCUGUGACAUUAUAUUAUUAUACAAAUAAAAGUCCUUCACGGUUGAAUCUCCA